AUGGGCGCGCCCCUGAAAGUGCUAGUGAGGUUUUCCGUAAUUUCCGUGAAUCAGCGGUGCAAUUUGAGUAACACUUACGGUCUACUGAUUAAUGUGAUGGGAUGUCGCAUUUCCCGAGUUCUUUCUUUCCUGACUGGACAUUCCAACGCUUCUGCGCUAGAAAUGUCUGCUAAAAAGCCUGCCAAGUAUUCUUGGGAAACCCGUCCGAAACUGGAUCCGGCAGAAUACACUUUCGAUUCCGUUUGUCAAGAUGUUGUGGGGAAGCUUCCUGGAUCAAUUGACGGUCAGCAGUUCAUCGUUCAAAAUUGUACAGAUUCCAUGAUUUUGUUGUUCGACUGUAUCGGCAGCAUCACUAUUGACGAUUGCAGGCGCUGUAAGAUCUUCGUAGGUCCUGUGGCUUCGAGUAUAUUCAUUCGAGGGUGUCUGGAAUGCACUGUGAUCGUGGCAUGCGGCCAAUUUCGAAUGAGGGAUUGUUCAUGUCUCGAUAUCAUGCUGCACUGUGCUACGCAACCGAUCAUCGAAUCAUCAAAAAAUGUUCGUUUUGGCUGUUAUCAGUACUUCUACAAUGGCUUACCUGAACAAUUUUCGAAAGCCGGUUUGAAUUUCUUCAACAAUCAGUGGUGGAAUGUGCAUGAUUUCACCCCGGAUGAUGCUGUUUCAAACUGGGACUUGAUGCCUUCAACAGAAAAACCAGAUGUAUUUUUGAACGGUAGAGAGAAGCUGGGAAUCGAAUACGUCGAGCUGGAGGUGUCUUCUGAAGAAGAAACAAGCAUCAUUCCUCUUUCGCACGGCGAUCGUGGAAUGCGUCAUGACGGAGCAGGAUUCAUUUGUUUGUUCUCGUAUCCUGAACACGUUUCAGAUGCAAGGAAGGUCUUGAGUGCAAUACGAGAUUCUCAUAAGGAUAUUCUUCUCGUACGAUCAAAGUCAAUGAUGAUCACGGAAUCGGACGCGGAGAGGAUAUUCAAUACAAAAAUCUACGCAAAUGUUUGUGCUGGUGGUCCUGUGAUUGGGUUGCAUUUUUGCGGUGUGGAUGUCGUCAUUACCUUGACACGGAUGGCCAAUCGCCUGAAACGCAGCCAUGUGUUCGUUGCUGAAGAUAAUACAGUCGCAAUGAAACGAGCGGACGCCUUUUUCUGCUUUGCGGACAUGAUGUGGUGUGUGGAAAAUCCAAGUGGACGCGAAAUUACCAUGACACCGCAGGAUCUUCGAGUUCAGGGGAACAUGCUUAAAUUCACGAAUGUUGUCAAGGGAUGGCAAUAUAGAUGGUUCUCGUUGGAUCCUGAACGGGGAUGUUUGGAAUACUACAUUGAAAUGCCGCCCCCGGAUUCCAAGGUUCCUCCAAGAAGGGUUAUGAUGUUGGGUGGAGCCGUGAUUUCCCCAACCGAUGAAGAUGAUCAGACCUUCACAGUUAUACCGGUUGAUGGUGAUCCGUUCAAACUUCGAACCUCAGUAAAGGAAAGGCAGAAUUGGAUUCAGCGGCUGCGAGCAGUCGCUCAGCUUCACACGGAUGCCAUCGCUAGGAAUAAUCCACCGUUGUCCGUGAAGGAGCAAAGAUCAAGUAGCGAUACUACUCGAGAAUAUCAGCCCACGAAAGUGAAGGUGCCGAUUCCGGCUACAGGAUUGUCAGCGAUGGAUGCAUUAGCCAGUGCGCAGGGUACCCUGCAACAAACUGUCACUGUCCACGAGGCUCUUGCUUCUGCCAUUGAAAGUUUACCUCCUCAGUCGGAACAGUGGAAACCCACGGAGCCUCAGUUGUUAAUCAUGAAAGCCACUUCUCAAGCGGCGUUAGCGUCGUUGCAGAAGUGUUUUGAGAUGCUGCAAACUCGACAUUAUUAUAAUUCGCAAGCCCUUCAGUCACAAGCUGCCCUGCAAGGAUCAAAGAAGAAUAUCUUCCAUGGGCCACGGAAACCGAGCAGGAAACCAAAAACUUCGACUUCUAAGGAGUCCACGUCUGAACAAGUGUUCGCCACUACGCCCAAGUGAUUUUUCCAUCUGUAAUUGCUGUGUUACGAUAAUUGUUUCCGUGGUGAUUUUUUGGUGAUAGACUUAUUUCGAGAUUGAGCCUCACUUUGAACUUGCUUCAAAAAAUAUUCUCGGCGCCUUAAGAAAUGCACGUAGAGUUCUCUUCAUUGUUGAGCUCUGAAACUGAUCCGGGAAAAUCUGCGAAUCUGUUACCUCUAGUACUGAAGAUUUAUUGAGAUUGAGCAAUAAAUCACAUGGCUCUUUUUCCACUGU